AAGAACAUCCAAGAGAGAAUAGGCAUUAGUAGUCGCGAAUAUUUGAUUUGCACUUCAACAGGGGAUUUUGCAGCCGAAGACAUGGCUGAAAAUUGCAAGCGGUUGAAGAAACUCGCGGAUGACGAAUCAUUAACGGAAACACCGAGAUGCAUCAACAAGGGCGUGAACCUCAGCAGCUGGGAUAUUGCCGAAUUGCGCCGAGAACACACAGAGAGGGUUCUGAAGGAGAAGAAGCUGAUGUUGAUCCUUGAUUUAGACAACACCCUUUUGCACUCCACCAACAGUAGCAAUUUCUCUUCAGAGGAUCAGCAUCUAAUGCAACUGAUGGGAUCUCUAGAAGGUAAACGAGAUAGGAGCAUAUUUAGAUGGAAGGAUAUGGUGAUAAAGCUCAGGCCUAAUGCUCGUGCUUUUCUUAAAGAAGCGAGCAACAUGUACGAUAUGUACAUAUACACGAUGGGCACCCGUGAAUACGCGACGCAGAUGGCUGAGUUUCUUGAUCCAGAGGGCGUUUAUUUCAAGAACAAGAUCCUAUCCAGAGAAGAUUGUACUACAGCGAAACAAAAAGGGCUUGACGUGGUGCUGGGAGAGGAAAGAGCUAUCGUGAUCCUCGACGACACCCGAUCAGUUUGGGGGAGGCACAUAAGCAAUCAAAUUGAGAUUCCGAGGUACUAUUUUUUUGGCCCGCGUCGUCCUGUCAGAUGCAGCGCAUUGGACGUCAGUCUUGAGAUUCUCAGGCGUAUUCAUUGCAUCUUUUUCGGCCUUGCGUAUUAUGCUGAUUUCUCAUGCAGCGAUGUGAGGCGUAUUCUACUUUUGAAGAAGUUUUGAUCUAAUAAGGCGUAUAGAACGUCUAUGCACAAAAUUUUGUUCGAGAAGCUGCUGCUUCGACGGUGGUCCAAUUUUUCUUAGUUUGUUGAUGGCGUGGCGUUAAAGAGUAUAGUUAGAGCAAAUUCAUCUGUCUCUUCAUGUGUCAAGCUAAAUCUUGGGUUCUCAUGCUUUAUAUCUCAGUUAGAACUGUAAUACUAAGUAGGUUAUCGUAUUAUAUCUUCUGAAAUAUAUUCAAGUACUUUAGUCUCUAUCAGCACACUGAUCAGGCUGAUUGAAUGAGAUGUUUAUGAGGCUGACCUGGUGUGGUCUUUUUAGA